CGCGACACAACGACACACCCGACCAUGGACUCGACCCGCCGACAGACCAUGUCGCAAGAACCGGGCCUCUUCUCGGUGCGCCGCCCACGGGAGAGCCUGGCGCCCGUCUCUCACAAUGUCUCCGCCAUACCGAUGCCCGCCUCCGCCAUGAAGCGAUCCAACAGUCAGUCGCACUAUCAGAAUGUGCCCGCCACCGCGACACACCACCGCUCGACGUCGGGAAGUCGAAUGUCCCUCGCGCCCGGCCGCCCGUCGCAGCCCAUGUUCCAUCGAUCCUCUUCGGGCGACAACUUGGCAGGAAUGGGCGGAUUCAGUACUGUGCAAAGACCGAGCACGCAAAACUUCUUCCAGAGCACUGGCGGAGGCAGGAAGAGCUUUGCGCCCGUGACGUCCACCCCGGCCAAUCCCAUACAAUUGGAGGCGAGUACCCAGAGGAGGAGCUCCGUCUACAGCGCGCGGCCUUCGGCGGGCUUUGGGCCUCAAGCCCAUCAGUCUUUCUUCGCCACUGCCCCGCCCGUCAAUGGCAUUCCAACCGAUCCGCGAAGGCUGCGAGAUGGACAGACUCGACAAGUGAUGGGACAGGAGCUUAUGGAGUUCCUGACCCAGCGCAACUUCGAGAUGGAGACGAAGCACUCGUUGACCCACAAGACCAUGACUUCGCCCACGCAAAAGGACUUCAACAUGAUGUUCCAGUUUCUCUACCACCAAAUCGACCCUGCAUACCGCUUUCAGAAGAACAUCGACGCAGAGGUACCUCCUCUACUGAAACAGUUGAGAUACCCCUUUGAGAAGAACAUCAGCAAAAGUCAGCUGGCAGCUGUGGGAGGCAACAAUUGGAGCACCUUUUUGGGAUUGCUGUAUUGGAUGAUGCAGCUUGCAAAGAUGAUGGAGCAGUAUAGCACGGGAAUGUGGGACGAUGCAUGUGCUGAGGCGGGCUUUGACGUAUCUGCCGACCGCAUUACUUUCGACUUCUUGUCCAACGCAUACAAAGAGUGGCUGUCGAUAGAGGAUGACGAUGAUGAGGAAGAGGAGGCGAAGAGGAGGAUUCAACCCCACAUCGAAGCCAUGGCUAUUAGAUUCGAACAGGCCAAUGCUGCAAACUUAGAGCAGGUGAAGGAGUUGGAGGCAGAGUCCAAGAAGUUGCAAGAACAGAUCGAUGAGCUGAGCAAGUCUGCUCCACGAUUGGCGAAGUUGGAUGAGACGAUUAAAAUCUUGGAGGAGGACAAGCAGAAGUUCGAGCAGUACAAUGCCAGUAUGGACGCCAAGGUCGACAAAUAUGCUCACCGAGCCGAACUACUGCAGCAGGAGAUCGAAAGAUGCGAAGCAGAAAUGGCAGAAGCGGAGGCAGAACGGGAUGAUCUGCAGCAAAAGGUGGAUGAUCAAGGACUGUCGGUACAAGACAUUGAUCGCAUGAAUACCGAGCGGGAAAGACUGGUCAAAGGGGUCGAAGCCACUCAGAUCCGCUUAGAAGAAGCCAAAGACCGCACAGGAAAGAAAGAGCUCGAGACAGGCUCAAAGCUAGACGAACUGGAAAGCACAGUACAACGCUACAACUCGCUGGGAUACCAGAUCGGCGUCAUCCCCUCCACGGCUCAGAAUGCCAGUGGAAUCGAAUACGAAUUGCGCCUACAGGUUAACUCCGGUCCCGACUUCUCCGCAUCCGCAAGCGUUGACUCCGCCAACGACCGUCUCCUUCAAGAUCCCAACAACGGCUACGCUCCCCAUCUCCUCCUCCCCACUCCCGAUCUGAAACAAAUCAAACACUCGCUGCAACAAUUGCGCAAAUCCAUUUCGGAACGUCGCAACGCCAAUCUCGAAGAAGACAUGGCCAAGAUUGAUAUCCUGGACAAGACCCGCGAAGCCCUAGAGGACAAACACUCCGAACUCGAAACCCUCAAACAUCGCGUCUCCGCAUCCUCAGAGGAGUUCGAAAAGACGCGCGAAAUCUCCUCCGCACAAAGCAUGGCUUCCGAAGCCCAAAUCGAGCGCAUGGAAAAAGAACUCAACAAAGUGCGGUUAGGGUUGAAUGAAAACGUGCAAUUGAUGGAGCAAAAGGAAAUGGCAGUGAAUUUGGAAUACGAGCAAUUAUGUUUCCGCAGUGGAGAAUUGCGAGAAGAGUUGCACACGGAAUUGGAGCGCAUCUUGAAGACGGUGGUGGAUUUCAAAAUUCACGUGCAGGGCAGUUUGGAGAGUUUUGAGGAGUUUGUUGCCGAAGAGGUGGAGCGCGAGUAUGAGGAGAUGGAAGGGGAGGAGGUGAUGAUGAAGCAGAAAGAGGGGAUUAUGGUUGGCAGCGUGGAAGAUGUGGAUAUGGAGGAUGAGGAGUAAUUAUUGCCUCUUCUUCUUUUUUUUCUCCUCAUCUUCGUCGUUCGCAAUGAACAGAUUGGAGAAAAGAGAAGAGGAAGAAGACAAGGAAUUGGGAUCGAUGCUAUUAUCAUGACGAUGAGACGACCGGCCUGGCGUUCCUUUUUUUCUCUUUUUUUUUGGUCUUCUUUGGCUUGGACCGGAAGGGAUUUCGCUACAAUGGAUGGAGAAGAAGAUGAGAUGACACGAGAUGAGAUGAGAUACCUCUUGCGCGGCGGCGUUGUGCUUUAUU